GAAUCACCAAGUGAGCGCUCUACUCUGUGCCCCCAGCAGAGAAGAAGAAGAAGAAGAAGGCACUCAGAGCAAUCCAGGACAAGAUCCUGCUGGGUGCCCGGUGGAUGGGACCGUGGGCACAUUGGUCUUGCUUCCAGCCAUUAUCCCCCAGGAAAAGAACUGGACAAAAUCGAGUGGGAAUUCUGUCCUGAACGUGGAUUAGGUACUUGCAGCAAUCCAGGAGAGGAUCCUGCCGGGUGCCCGGUGGAUGGGAUCGUAGGUGGAUCAGUCUCACUUACAGCCAUUAUCCCCCCUGGAAAAGCAGUGACCAAAAUCGAGUGGGAAUUCCAGCCCGAAAGCAGCCCUCCCGUCGUGAUUGCCGAUUUCACGAAGGGGGGCUGGCAGCGGCCCAAUCCUAGCGACCGAUUUCUUCAGCGGUUGGAGAAGGCCACCCUGAGACCACCCUGAGGCCACCCUGAGACCACCCUGCGGAUCAAGGGCCUGGAGAAGGAGGACAGCGGAAACUACACAGCUCACAUGAGAUUUGAAAACGCAGAAGUACAACCUCAGGCCUUUUAUCUGCAGGUCACAGAAGGUAAUUCAUCACCUCAACGGCUAUUCUGCUUCGGUUCCGUGGAUUGCUCUGAAAAGCCGGCUUUCUGGUAACGACGCUGGACUUUGCCCCCUGAAGCUGCUCUUUGGAUUUGUGUUUCUGGAUUUUGACGACCUGUUGGACUGUGGACGGGAAGUGAGACGGAGCGGAGGUGUUCAGGGGCCUGCAGAGGAAACUGCUGUGGUUGAGGCCGUGGUCUUGGGGGGCGAAAUAUCAACCUGAAGACUGUGCCAGAAGAGACAGGCUUUGCAGAACCUCACGGGCGAGGGCAGAAAGAGCAGGGAUGGAGAUCCGUGGCUUUUGGUGGGUGCUGCUGUUGCUGCUGCUGGAUCGCCAGUCCUCAGAGACUGCAAAUAUUACUGCCCUGAAUCCUCCUUGCUAUGAAGUGAGCGGCAUCCAGGGAGGGUCAGUUUUGCUUCCUACAGCCUUAACCUCAUCUGAAAAGGUCGCCAAAAUAGAAUGGAAAUUUCAGCCCCAAACUGGCCUCGCUCUCGCGAUUGCUGAAUUCAUUGGUGGAAAACUGGAGCGGCCCAAUCCUGGUGACAGAUUUGGGUGGCGGCUAAAGAUGGUGGACGAGGCUACGCUGAGGAUCACCGAGCUGGAGCUGGGAGAUGGUGGUGACUACAUGGCCCGAGUCAGGCUGGCCUCUGCCGUGGUUGAAGAGCACUCAUUCACCUGCCGGGUCUAUGAGCCCGUGCCAGAACCACAGAUCCUCUUCCGACUUGUCUCCAGGACUGCAGAAAUGUGCAACGUGACCCUGCGGUGUCUGGGGUCUGAAAAGGGGGGAAUAAACAUAUCCUGGAAAAGAGGGGAUCAGCUUAGCUUCCUAGAAGGGAGUUCAGACUGGUACCAGCUGUCUGCCGGAAGCACGGAUCUCCACGUGUCCUGGCGGCACAACUCCUCAGACUCCACCUUCACCUGCCUGCUCAGCAACCCCGUUGAUCAGAAAAGUGCCUCGUUUCACCUGGCCAGCAUCUGCCAGAAUGGGAGUGCCAGAAGUAAUCCAGCAGAGAAUCCACCUGUCCAGGUGAAUGGGAUCCUUGGGGGAUCCGCCUCUUUUCCUCUCAAGUUACCUGCGACAACACCAGUGGCCAGAAUUGAGUGGUCUUUGCGAGCAGGGUCUGGUCCAGAAGUGCUGAUUCCUGAAUUGAAGGUUGGAAGACUGGAGUGGCAAGAUACCAGGGAGAGGUUUGGGCAGCGGCUGGAGAUGGCGGAUGGGACCACGCUAAGGAUCAGGGCCCUGGAGAAGGAGGACAGCUGUACGUUGGAGGCUCGAGUUGUGUUUGCCUCUGGAGAGGUUCUCAGGAAGACCUUCCGCCUCUCUGUCUUUGAGCCUGUCCCAGAUCCAGAGAUCCACCCCCACCUGGUCUCCAGGAGCACAGAGGUGUGCAACGUGACCCUGCAUUGCCUGGGGUCUGAAAAGGGGGGAAUUGACGUCUCCUGGAAAAGGGGGAACUCUUCUGAUCAGCUGGGUGUCCCGGAAGAAGGUUUGGACACGGAUCUCCACGUCUCCUGGCAGUCCAGCUCCCUGGACUCCACCUUCACCUGCCUGCUCAGCAACCCCGCUGACCAGAAGAGCGCCUCGUUGGACUUGGCCAGCAUCUGCCGGAGUGAAGAUGGCGGUCAUCUCAUGUACAUGUGGAUCCUUGGUCUUGUGGCGUUUCUUAUCCUGGUUGCAGGCUUGGGGAUUUGGCAGUGGAAAAAAAGGCCACGCCCAAGAGCUUUUCCGUAUGUGAAGGAAUAGAAGAGGAGAACUCCCCCCAGAAGGUGAUGAUGAACAGGUUUUUCUCCCUUCGUCUUCUCCCGGGGUCUCCUGCCUGCCCUCUCUAGGUCCAUGGAGG